AUGCGUUCUCUUCUUUUCAUUUCCACGGUUCUAGCCGGCAUCGUCUGCGCUCUUGACCCCAUUUGCGACUCCGAGUGCCAGAAAGGCUGUGAUUCUGCAUGCCAAGCCGCUAUUCAAACCACUUAUGAGGCCGAAGCGGCCCUCUGGGUUGGAGAUAUCAUUUCUGACCCCUUUUAUUCGACCCCGGCAAAUUUUACUGGUGCCAAACCUGGGGAUAUCUUGCGCUGGGAUAAUGUUCCCGCGACACAACUUGCGGCGAACUGGACUAUUCCUGCCAGUCUUUCGCUUUCGCGUGUUCUGUACGUAACAGAGGAUGUCGACCGGAAACCAAUUCCCGCCUCUGCUUGGGUUCUUUUGCCGUUCACCAAUCCCUUCGCAAACCCUAAUGGAGACCCGGAAGAAAACAAGCUGCGUACAAUUGUCUGGACACACGGAACUGCAGGCCGUAGCAGGCUAUGCGCACCUACCAACAAUAAGGGCCUUUAUUAUGACUGGAAGGCACCAUUCAUCCUCGCCGAGUCAGGCUACGCUGUUGUGGCUCCAGAUUAUGCCGGUCAGGGUUCUGAUAUCCCUCAGGGAUUCAUGUACGAAUCAGGCUUCCUCCAUGUAGCCGAUGUGGCUUACUCUCUCAUUGCGGCGAGAAAAGGACUCGGUGACAUUCUGAGCCAGAAGUGGCUGGUCUACGGGCAUAGUGAAGGCGGAAUGACUGCUUGGCGCACCAAUGAGCGUUUGGCAAUGCCUGAUCAAGAGUCUCUUUUGGAAGCCGGCGAAUUCAUCGGAUCAGUUGCUGCUGCUCCGGCAUUGAGGCCCCAAAAACUGAUUCCGGCGUCGCUUGAGCGUGCUAAGGGUCAAGCAGCUCGGGAUCCUUUCUCCGUCUACUUCCUCCAGUCUCUUUCGAAACUGUACCCAGACCAGAUCAAGGUCGAAGAUUACCUAGGAGACGUUCCCUUGCAGAGACUUGGAGCUCUUGACAAGUCCUGCUUCCAGUCAGGUUUCGCCAUAGUUGGGACUUUCACACCUGAACAGCUAUAUAAGAACACCAGUUGGCUCACUCACCCCGCGACCAAUGACUGGGCUAUCCGCUACAAUGGUCAAGGGCCGCAUGCCGUUGCGGCUCCCAUGUUGGUCAUUCAGGGCUCAACUGACACCAUUACCCCGGCAGACUUGACUUUGGAUGACUUCAAUCAGACUUGCACUGCCUUCCCUGAAAGUCCUGUUGAUGCUCGUGUCUAUCCGGAUAUGGGGCAUGGGCAGGUUUUGGAAGCUGCCAGAGCCGACAUUGCAGCUUGGAUCGCCGCAAGAUUCGAAGGUGUUCCAGUUGAGAAGAAGUGCGUUCAAGAGGAUGUCAAGCCUCUCACUCAAAGAUAUGCUGUGGGCGACAUCUUCUGGCACGGAACCUCUGUGCCUUUCUAA